CAGGCUAUUGGCAUGUGUAGUCCACUUCCUCUUGAGCUAAACAACUCGCAGUAUCUAACAGACUGCAUCUCCCGAAAUGCAGCGUGUUGCAAUUUCCAUGAUGGCCGAAUGGUGUAAACCCGCUGGAAGGGUGAGAGGAGUGCUGUUAGAUAUUAGUGGGGUUCUGUAUGACAGUGGGGAAGGAGGAGGGGUUCCCAUUGUCGGCUCAACAGAAGCGGUCAGAAGAAUCAAAGAGGCCGAUUUAAAGGUGCGUUUUUGCACCAACGAAACUCAGGCCACCCGGGAGAAGUUUGUGGCGAAGUUGCAAAACCUGGGGUUUGAUAUCACUUUCGGUGAAGUCUUUGCUCCUGCCCCUGCUGCUUGUCAAAUUUUGAAGGAACGUGGACUUAGACCACACCUCCUUGUGCAUGAUGGUCUUCUACCAGAGUUUAACCAGAUUGACCAAUCAAAUCCCAACUGUGUUGUGAUUGGAGAUGCUGCAGAUAAUUUUUCUUACAAGAACCUGAAUGAGGCUUUUCAAGUUCUGAUAGGACUGGAAAAACCUGUGCUGCUAUCUCUUGGCAGAGGGCGAUAUUAUAAGGAAACCGAUGGAAUGAAACUCGAUGUUGGAGCUUACAUGAAGGCAUUGGAGUAUGCCUGUGAUAUCAAAGCCGAAGUGAUAGGAAAGCCAGCAAAAAUGUUUUUCCUUUCAGCUUUAUCCGACAUGGACUUAGAGCCAGAUCAGGUCAUCAUGAUUGGAGAUGAUAUUGUGAAUGAUGUAGGUGGAGCCCAGCAGUGUGGCAUGAAGGCUGUCCAAGUAAGGACAGGGAAGUACAGCUGCCAACUGACCCUGCCUACAGUGAUCAAUUUGGAUUUCCAGAAGGCCUUUGACAAGGUGUCACACAACAGGCUGCUAUGCAAGACCCUGUGACGAACAGCACCCAACAGUGAAGGCAGAUGGGUAUGUGGACAAUUUGGCACAAGCAGUCAAAAUCCUUCUUGAACAUUUACACUAGCAAUACUGGUAUCCAAGAAACAUCUGACAAUGAACAAAGAAUGUGAAGUCAUUAAAAAUUUACAAAUUCAUUGCCCUUUGGCUGUUCAGAUGGGGAGCAACCCUUAAGGUUCAGGCCCUCACAGAAUUAGCAUUGUUGUGGAUUCAGUAAUUGUCGCAAAGCAGUAAAUAUCAGAUUAAAGAAUUGUAGGAAGCUGUUUUUGACUGCCUGAACGCUGUACUUAUAUAUACUUAUAUAGACUCUGAUGAACCUAUGUCAUCUAUGAAUCAUACUGCAAAACCUUAAAUAAACAUAAUUUAAUCUAA